CACCACUUCACCGAUCACUGAUGAGCCUGUAACUCGCUCUUGCUUUAUGCAUUGGAAUUCGGGUCUCUGUUCGCUCACGAAGUGGCGCAUCUGCCUUGAUGCCCCUUGGUGCCUUUGCUAGAUGGAGGUGUAUGAGCAUCCCCAUGACCGCUAGUGCUAUUGUUGGAGGCCAAAGGCUUUCUUCGACUGACGUUGGUGGAGAUUGCCCGGCGCGUUCUGUGCUCAAUAUAAGUGCGAGGUAUGGGCGGACUGGUGCUCGACGCAUUACCACUGAUGUCUGCUCCUCCCCAGUCCGUCGGAGUCAUCUCCUUCCACCAAGUCGCGCCUGGUCUGAACCUCUCCCAAGAGGAGCUGUCGCAGCGCGUCAUGGGAGUCGCAGAUGCGGUCAAGAACCUGCCUGUCUUCAAGAAAUGUUUCACCGAGUUCGAGAUGGUUUUCCCCAACGACGAGCUGGCUGGUAUGGCUGACACGCUCGGUCUCCCGGGACGCAAGACCUCCGUCAUGGUCCUGGCCCUUUCUCCGACUGCCGACCACUUUGUCGAGCUCUUGACGGACCCCGUGUUGCGAGAAUCCUUCGCUAAGGGCGAGAAGGAGUUCGGCUUCAUGUCAAACAGCUUCUUCUCCAUUGCGGACGUCGUCCGCACUGGUGCCGCGCCGGCCACUGUCCCCAUCGAGGGGGAGAAGAAGGCGGCAGUAGGAUUCCUGCGGUUGCAUCCGAGUACCUCGCCGCACGACCACAGUGCUGAGAUCAUCAACAACUUCGGCAAACUCUCGGACGGGUCGGGUCAGGGUCGGUUCGCAGCCGGCGUGUCAACGUGGAUCCCCCACCAUGUGGCCGCGCCGCAGAUCCGCGCUCUGGGCCUCAGGACACUCGAGGACGAGAACGUUGUGAUCUCGGUCGCUGAGGUCAAGGACGACUCGGUGUUCACCGAGGCCAUGCAUGUGCGUAUUGCGCCCUCCAAGCCCCGCGUUCUCACGAACGAACGAACCAUAUCUAAAACCAGACUAUCCACGAGCUCAUCGGGAGCGCGGAGGAAUCCGACGGUGCUGGUGGCAAGAUUCAGGACGGCAGCUACUAUUCGGCUGUGCGCAUGGUAUCCAAGAUCGUCAAGUAGUGUGAUUGAUAGAUAUCCCGAACGCUGUACAAAUAGUUGCUCCGUUUCUCGAAUUUCUUGUGAAUCCGUGAUGAGGUCGUCACCGGUGCCGUCCUUUCUUGCAAGAAAACCAUCACAUGUCCCGAGUCGAACCUCAAAUCGCAUGGCUUGACGUUCAGUAGACUUCAGAUCCUACGUUAUA